AUGACAUCUGAAGUCGCACAUUCAUAUAUAGAUCAACAUUUGGACUCCAUUCAAGAGGAGACUGGAUUUUUUAUAAAUAGCUUACCAACUAUUACAAAGACUGCUUUGAAGGUCUCUAGUUGUAAGCGAAUCGGCAAUUAUAUACUUGGAAAAACCAUUGGUUCCGGAACAUCCAGUAAAGUAAAGAUUGGAACCAACAUCAUCACUGGAAAGAAAGUUGCUAUAAAAAUAACCAAACCAAAACGAGUAAAGGAGAGAAAGGAAAUUGAACGUGAAAUUUCUAUUCUCAAGCUAUUGAAGCAUGGAAAUAUCAUUCAACUAUACGAUGCCAUCUAUGAUGAGGAGAGAGGAAGAAUAUGUUUAAUUUUGGAAUUAGUUUCUGGUGGUGAGCUUUUUGAUUACAUUGUUGCCAGAGGUCGUCUCUCUGAGCGAGAAGCAAGAAAGUUCCUACGUCAAAUUCUAGCUGGUUUAAUAUAUUGUCAUUCCAACAAUGUUUGUCAUCGUGAUUUAAAGUUGGAAAAUUUAUUAGUAGAUGAUAUGGGAAAUAUCAAAAUAAGUGAUUUUGGAUAUAGUAAUAUUUCGAGACCAGGAUUUUUAUUAUCAACUUUUUGUGGUUCACCAGUUUAUGCCCCACCCGAAAUACUUUUAGAAAAGAAAUAUAAUGGUCAUGAGGUCGACAUUUGGAGUGUUGGUGUAAUUUUAUAUGCAAUGGUAACAGGUCAACUUCCAUGGAGUUUAACCGAUGGUGUUCAAGUAGAGGGUUUAGAUAGAUUAUUAAAAGGUGAAUUUAAGUUUCCACCAAAUAUUUUAUUAAGUAGUGAGGUUAAAGAUCUUAUUAAUAGAAUGAUUGUUGCCAAUCCAUCGGAUAGAGCAAAGCUAUCUGAAAUUAAAAGUCAUGUAUGGACCAAUAAAGGAUACGAAUUAGAACCAGAUGAAGAAUAUAAUAGAAAGAAUAAUAUUAGCAACAAUAGUAAUGAUGAUUUGAAUCACUAUGGUACUUCUGCAGAACAAAGUCAAGGUAGUAAAUUCCUCAAGGUAAAUAGAUCGCCACUCUAUAAUAGUUCACCUAAUCUUCAAUCUCCUGCAUCACCUCGUGGAGCUUCCAUUUCCAUUAAUAGUGCAUGUUGUAGUAGUCCUAACCUUAUGGGAACAUCACCAAACAUGGGAUCACCAGCAGUCCUUACUCCACCACUUAGCCCGAUUUCCUCAUCCUGCUCCACAGCCUCUUCACCAGCAUGUCAAAGUCCACCAACACCAUCCACUCCAAGUCUAAAAAGUAGUCUAUUCCAUGGAUUAUUUAAAAAGAGAUCUCCAUCAUCUAGACAUCAACAAUUUAAUAAUAUAACAAAUAAUAAUAGCAAUAAUAACAAUAAUAACAAUAAUAGUAAUAACAAUAAUUCAGAAAACUCUUUUGAUGAAUCAUCAAAGAUUUCAACUUCACCAUCAUCUGAAUGUUCAACACCAAGUAUGAGUUCACCACCUAACAAUCCUGGUACACCUAGCAAUAACUACAGUAACUAUAAUAACUAUGGUUAUAGUAAGCGUCGUUUCAGUUUGGAGGACGUCGUCAAUGUGAUACGUGGAAAGAACAAAACACCAAAAGACAAGUUGAGAUCGAUCAAAGGACCAUUCACCGCAGGAACCACUACAACUCUUCAACCAUCGGACAUCAGUCGCCACCUUGAAGAUAUUCUAAUUUCACAAUCGAUCAAGUACCAACAGAACGGCUAUGUAUUUGAAUGUAAACAAUCGCAACAGGAUCUCUCUUCACUUAGUUCCUCAUCGUCAACCUCUUCAUCGUCAUCGUCCUCGACUACCUCGGCCACCACAGCAGAGCCACUCUCAUUUGAAAUUGAAAUCUGUCGUGUCAGUGGAAUGGAUCUCUAUGGUAUCAAGUUUAAGAGACAAAGUGGUGAUGUUUGGUUUUACAGUGUAAUUUGUAAGAAGAUUACUGAUGCCAUUCAAUUUUAA